AUGACUUACGACAACAAUCCCAACACCAAGGUUGGAAACAACAUGUCUUCCUCUGAUUCCAACACCGAUGACAUUGAAGUCGGCCGCUAUGGCCCAUUAGCCCAUAUAAACACUGCUGAAAGCCGCCUGCCCGCUUUCGGGGGUGAAUUCCAACCCGGUCUGUACAGACCAGUGAAAGACAGGAAGAUCGCCAAUCCUGCGCCACUUGGGUUGUGCGGUUUUGCUUUGACGACCUUCAUGCUGGGAUGUAUUCAAAUGAAUGUCAAGGGCCUCAAUAAGCCAAAUUUCAUUGUUGGGCCGGCCUUGGCUUACGGUGGACUGGUCCAGCUACUUUCUGGAAUGUGGGAAAUGGCUGCCGGAAACACUUUUGGUGCGACUGUACUAUCCUCUUACGGUGGUUUCUGGAUAUCAAUCGCAAUCACUUUUAUCCCUGGCGGAUUUGGAAUCAUUGGUGCUCUUGAAGAAGCUGAUAGUGGUUCACCUAUCAUGUUUUACAAUGCCUUCGGCUUAUAUCUCAUGGCGUGGUUUAUCUUCACGUUCAUGAUCAUGCUUUGCACAGUCAAAUCCACUGUGGCAUUCUUCUCUCUCUUCUUCGUGGUCGACAUUGCUAUUCUUCUCAUCGCCUUAUCCUACUUUUUCCCGACUGCGCAAGAACUGCCAAAUGAAGGUCUCAUGAAGGCAGGUGGGCUUCUAGCUUUCCUAGGGGCUUUCCUGGCUUGGUACAAUGCCUUUGCAGGUAUUGCUGAUAAUAGCAAUAGCUUCUUUGUUGUUCCCGUCGUUCAUUUCCCGUGGUCUGAGAAGGGGCGGAGCGCGAGACUGAGAAAGACCGCAAGUGGGGCUGCUUGA